UCUUUAUCGCAGACGAAGUUGAUGCAAUUGAAAUACCACUGUUUUUACACGAAGAUGGUUAUGAUGAGGAGAAUCACCGAAGGAUUCUGUGACAGUCAGCGGCGGUUCUGUCAUGUCAGUGUGGGUCACCCUGGUAGCUGGCAUGAUUCAAGGGCAUUUCGUUUGUCAGAGGUAGGCCGACUUCUUGAGGAAGAUCCACAUUCCCUGGUUCCUGAGGGUAUGCAUAUAAUUGGAGAUUCUGCAUACCCUCAUUUGUUUCAGCUAAUGAAGCCAUACAGAGACAAUGGCCACUUGACUGUCAGGCAGAGAUGGUUCAAUAGGAAGCUGAAUUCUGCUUGUGUAGUCAUUGAGCGUGCAUUUGGAAUUUUAAAAUCAAAAUUCAGGAGACUCAGAUGUCUGCACAUGAAAAAAGUGAAGAACAUUUCUUCCACAGUCACAGCCUGUUGCAUUCUUCAUAACAUCUGCCUGAAAUCCAGUGACCACAUUGAGGAGGAUCUGCAGGCAGAUGAUAUGGAGGAUGACCCAUACCCACCAGAAGCCCACAUUCACAAUAAUGCAUCACAUCAUAGAGAUGCAAUCUGUGGCAGCCUGUGAACAGCACAUUGACUUGUUCUACCUUCAACACUUGCCUUAAACUUAUCUUAAGAACAAAGCUUUUUUAUUUUACUGUUUUGUGAGCUGGUGGAUGGGAUUUACAGGAUGAUAUUAAGCACUUAAUAUCAAAUGAUUGACAUAGUAUUCUGCCAGUCAACCACUUUCCCCUGUCUAGGGAGGAAUGUUUUGUGUUGUUAUCUCUGUAAUAAUGAUGUGAUGAGCAAUAAAAAUGAUGCGAUACACAUGGGAAUUGACUAUGUAGUUAAACUUUUUUUUUUAAUAGAUCGAUUAUCAUUUCUUGGGAUUUACUGAUUUUUUUGAGUUGUUCAAUUAUUUCUCCAAGGCAGGUAAGAGAUUUUUUUUCAAACACCCUUCUCCGCCUCUCUUUAAGCCUUCUUCGGCGCUCUAAGUCAGGCCGCACUAGUGACUCUAGAGCAGCUGUUCUCCUCUCUUAAUGUGCUUCAAAAACUUCACAGAAUGUGGAUCUUGUUUGUCUCCUUCUGUGUAUUUCUGUGGAGGGCAUAGCAGUGGAGGGACCUGGUUGCUCUUCUGGGAGAGGCUGUUCUUGGGAGCUUGUGGCCUGUGCAGUUGAGGACUUCGGCACUGUAGUCUGGGAUGAGGUAGUGUUAAACAGAGGAGUUGAGCACAUUGUGCCUGAUGUUGCACUCCCAACUCCACAUUUCCCAAAUAAGUCUUCCAUUUGCUUUGAGAAAACAUGUAAAACAAUGUAAAUAGAGAUGCUUUAGAAAUUAUUUUAAAUAUUAACCCAGUGAUUCUGCAGUAAUUUCGAUACAAAUAGCACACCAACCUUGUAAUACUCCCAUGUAACUUUUCCCUCUCCUGUUGACCGACACCGGUCUUUAGACCUUUUGUAGGUAGUUAUCAUGUUGCCAAGUUUUUUUUUUUUUGCAAUUUUUCAUUGCUGAUGUUGUAACCUUUUUCUUUGAAAACUUGCUCAAGCUUUUUGUAGAAUGCAAUUUUAUUUCUAUAGUACAAAUGCAGAUACAUUUGUGUGAGGUCAAGCAGCA